AUGAUGAGAACCUUGAAAAGUUUAUGGAAGCAACUAAGAGGUGAAACUUGGUUUUCAAUGAAGGUAAAUGUGUGUUCUCUACAAGAACUAUAAGUAUCCUCGGUAGCGUUGUUUCAAAGGGAGAAAUUAGACCAGAUUUAGAAAGGUUGAAACCUUUGUGAGAGUUACCCCCACCAGAAAACUCGAAGUCACAAAAAAGAUUUAUCAUAUUAUUCUCAGUGGAUUAAAGAUUUCUUGAAGAAGAUUAGACCCUUGUCUCAAAAUACUGUACUUCCUUUGCCAGAAGAAGCUCAUAGAGCAUUUAGUUUGAUUAAGGAGGUAUAGAAAAUGUUGUAGGAACUAUUGACAAAACUCUCCCUUUUGAAUUAAAGACUGACUCAUCAGAUCACACACUCUCUGCUAUAUUGAAUCAACAAGGACGCCCAGUAGCUUUCUUCUCAAGAACAUUGAACGGCCCGGAAUUGAAACACUCUGCAAUCGAGAAGGAAGCAGCAGCUAUAGUAGGAGCAAUACGUAAGUGGAAGCAUUACCUCACCGGAAAGCAUGUUAAGCUUAUAACAGACCAAAAGUCGGUUGCCUACAUGUUUGAUACUAAACAUCAUAGCAAAAUUAAGAACGAUAAUUUAAUGAGGUGGAGAAUAGAAUUGUCGAUGUAUAACUUUGAUAUAAUAUAUCGAGCGGGCGAGGAGAACAUACCAGCGGACGCUCUUUCAAGAGUGAAAAGUAUCUCUCUUACAAUUGAUAAGCUGUAUGAACUGCAUAGAUCAUUGUGUCAUCCGGGUGUGACUCGCAUUCUCUAUGUUUGGUAUGCCAACCUUUAUCCAUACAGAUCGUGGCUCGGGAUUUAUGGGUUCAGAGUUAAAGAAUUUUUUACUACAGAAAGGGAUUUCAACUAGUAGAACAAGUUACAAUAUAUAUAUAUAUAUAUAUAUGGAGAACAUACCAGCGGACGCUCUUUCAAGAGUGAAAAGUAUCUCUCUUACAAUUGAUAAGCUGUAUGAACUGCAUAGAUCAUUGUGUCAUCCGGGUGUGACUCGCAUUCUCUAUGUUUUGGUAUGCCAACCUUUAUCUAUACAGAUCGUGGCUUGGGAUUUAUGAGUUCAGAGUUAAAGAAUUUUUUACUACAGAAAGGGAUUUCAACUAGUAGAACAACAAGCUACAAUCCACCAUGUAAUGGGCAGGUUGAACGUCAGAAUGGGAACAUUAUGGAAAGCAUGACCUUAGCACUCAAGACGAAAGGACUACCUACCAGUGGUUGACAAGAAGUGCUGUUGGAUGCACUACAUUGGUACCUACUUUGUACAGCAACGAAUGUGACCCCGCAUGAACGUAUGUUUGCUUAUCUACGCAAAUCGACCAGUGGAAUCUCUGUGCCAUCCUGGUUGACAACCCCUGGUCCAGUGUUAUUGAAACGACACAUAAGAAAUUCAAUGUACGACCCAUUGGUUGAUGAAGUUGAUCUAUUGGAAGCCAACCAGCAAUAUGCUCAUGUGCGAUUUCCGGAUGGAAGGGAGGAUACAGUGUCGAUUAAACAUCUAGCCCCACCUGAUAAUGGGGAAGCUUCAGCUGACAGAGUAGGCCAAUCCCGUUCUGUUGGUUCUGCAGGAAACCAUAGAAAAGAAGUCAACCCAAAGCAAACCGGAGCGGAAAUCCAGUCACAAGACGUGGAAGGCAUCGAAUCGGACAGGCCAACGGACAGUACUCUAAAGGUUGAUCAUCAAUCCCAACCUCUGCGUCGAUCAGAGCGACAAAGAAGGGCACCCGAUAGACUAACAUUUAGUUAG